AUGUCUAAAACGUCAGGGUUAUCAUCAUCAAAGAAGAAAAUAACAGUUGCAUUGUCACCAAAAUUAUUUGCAUUUGGUGGUGGAACAAAACCUGUUUCACAAUUGUUAUUUAAUAAAUAUGAUACAGAUAAAAAUGGUUAUAUUUCUCUGGAAGAACUUCGUUAUCUUUGUUAUGAUAUGGGAUAUUUUUUAUCUGAUGUUCAACUUAAUUGGGCACGUACAUUUAUUGAUAAUGAUGGAAAUGGUGAAAUAAGUUAUAAAGAAUUUUCAUCAUGGUGGCAAAAUUCUUUACGUUUUGAUCAUCUUUUAUUAUCUGAUGAACAAUUAAAUAAAUUAUGUCAAAUAACUGAUUUAUUUCGUUUAUAUGAUAAAAAAAAUCAAGGUAAAAUAGAUAAAAAACAAUUUAAAGAACUUUUUCAAGAAUUAAUUAAACGAAAUAUAAUGGAAAUAAAUCAAGCAAAUCAAUUUGAUGAAAUUGAUAGAAGUCAAGAUGGAUAUAUUAAUUUUAAUGAAUUAAUUGCUUGGUUUUAUGAUCAAGGAAUUUUACAAAAAAUGGGAAUUUUACCUGUCAAAAAAGAUUAA